GAGGAAGGACUGUGUGGAUAUCUUCAAUGGAACGAUACGAAACAUCGACGACCAGCAGCAUGAGAGAAAAAGGGUCAACUGCGGACUGUACAUUUUCAGAGAGCUGGUGAAGUUGACUAAGGACGCCACAACAGAAGGCAGAUUCGUCAAUGAAUCAUCUAAGAA